AUGGCACCCUCCGUGGUACACUCGGAUCCUGUUGAUGCACUUCCCGCGCAAAAUGGGGUCAACAGUCACCAAAAUGGCUCUGCGCAUGCCCACGCCAAACUCGAUCCUUUCUACAAAAUCGUUGAACAGCCUAUCGGCACCCGGCGCCCGAUCCGAGUUGCCUGUAUGGGCGCUGGAUACUCGGGACUCAUGAUGGCGAUUGUAUUCAGCGAGAAGAUGAAGGAUAAAAACGCCGAGCUCGUCAUUUAUGAGCGGAACGAGGAUCUCGGGGGCACAACCAAAAGAUAUCCAGGGUGCAAAUGUGACAUCCCCGCACACAACUACGCGUACAGCUUUGCGCCCAACCCUGACUGGCCAAACUACUAUGCCACUUCGCAGCAGAUCCAUGAGUACAUGCACGGUGUGGCGGACAAGUAUGACUGUAACAAGUAUAUCAAGUACCAGCAUACCAUCAAGUCGGCCAUUUGGAAUGAGGAUACGGCGAAAUGGGAGAUUCAGGUGAAAAGGGCCGAUGGGUCUGUGCUCGAUGAUGAAGUGGAUGUAUUCAUCAACGCUGGCGGUGUUCUGAAGUUACUCGUUCACUCAGCCCGGUGGGAUGAUGAGUACGACUUCACAGGAAAGAAAGUAGCAAGCAUCGGCAUCGGCUCUUCUGGAAUCCAGAUCGUGCCGCAGCUUGCCAAGGUUGUCGACACAAUGGACGUCUACGUUCGUACACAGACCUGGAUCUCGCCAGCACCGGGUAUCAACGAGCCGACUGCCAAUGACCCGGACAUGGACUCGGAGUACAACUUUACCGAGGGCAGCUUGGAUAUGUUCAAAGAUCCCCAGGUAUUGCGCGACUACCGGGCAGCUAUAAUGGACCGCCGAAUUGAAAACUUCAAGCGUGCCAUUGCCGACACCGAUGUCCAGAAACGUGCUCAAGAGAUCUUCCGCAAGAGUAUGCUCGAGCGGCUGGGUGAUACCCCCAAGGGCCGAAAGAUGGCAGAGUACUUGCUGCCCAGCUUCCCUGUUGGAUGCCGACGACAGACACCAGGACCUGGAUUUUUGGAAGCCCUAACGCAGGACAAUAUCGAUCUGCGGUGGGAUGAUAUCGCACGGGUCACCGAGAAGGGAAUCAUGACACGGUCGGGCGAGGAGAAAGAGUACGACGUGAUUGUGUGUGCCACCGGAUUUGAUACAUCAUUCCGGCCCUCAUUCCCCAUGAUUGGACGCAACGGUGUCAAUCUUGCCAAGAAAUGGGAGACCGAGAAGCCCGAGGCGUACUUCGGGAUGCUGGUGCCGGACAUGCCCAAUUACUUUUGCUUCAUUGGGCCCAAUAGCCCCAUUAGCAACGGCUCCUUGGUGCUGGGGAUCCAGGCAACGGCAGUGUACGUCUAUAAAUGGCUUGAGAAAUUGCAGACAGAGAUGGUCAGUAGUUUCGUGGUCAGGCAAGAUGCCAAUGACGAGUACAACCAGCACAUGCAGCAGUUCCUGGAGCGAACUGUGUGGACGCGUGGCUGCCGAAGCUGGUACAAGCGCGGCACUGUUGACGGGCCUGUUGUCGCGAUCUACGGUGGCACCUCAUUCCACUUCAUGGAGGCCCUCAAAAACCCGCGCUGGGAGGACUGCCAUAUCGAGCGUCUCCCGGAGGCUCGCUCGAAUCGAUUCGCCUACCUGGGUAACGGAUUUUCUUUGAGAGAGACCAAGAGUGGCAGUGUUGGAGCGACACAAACGCUGGAUUUUGACGAGUACUGGAAUCUGUUUGUGCUGCCCGAGAUUCACAGCUAA